GUUAUGGCGGACUUGAUGGACGAGAGCCGCGGGCAGGCAUUGGCCGCGGAAGUCUGCAGCGGAGGACCUGGCCAAGCGGUGUAUGACCGCGUUGACGUCACGGACACUGACAGCUUGCAUCGCAGCCUCGUGCGGAAGCCGCAGGAGUCCUUCAAGUCUUGCGCGACCAUCGUCAUCAACAAUGCUGGUAUUGUCGUUAACGAUGAUUCUGGGGAGUCAAAGAUCAAGUCUAUGGUGGAUGUGAACAUGAUGGCGGUGAUGAAAGGCACCUACAUGGCUGCAGAGGCCAUCCGGGCCGCUGGAAAGGCCGGAGUCGUCAUCAACACUGCCAGCAUGGGCGGUCUGUUGCCACUCCCGGAAACGCAAGCCUAUGCAGCAUCGAAGUGGGCCGUGGUGGGUUUUUCAAUCUCGUGCCGUCCUCUUAAGAAGUCCCAUGGCGUGCGCGUGAACUGCGUAUGUCCUGCGAUGACGCAGACCCCAGCGGUGGGUACGUUUUUCGCCACAAAGUUCAAGGAGCAGGACGAGAACCACCCGCUUCUCAAG